UUUCUCUCUGUGGUUUAGGUUUGGUUGAGCAGACAAGGCUCCAUCUUUGGGUGAAGCUGCUAUCAUCUGCUCUUUGGUCUAUGCACUUGUUGCUCAUUCAUUAACCACCCCACAAGGACGCAGCUUGUGCAUAAAGUCUGCAUAUCCAGUGCAGUAAUCAGGCUCCUCAAUGCAUGUGUUUAUAUACUUUUUUCCAAUGACGUCUCUCUGGCUUUCCAAUGUUCUCUGUGUGGCUGAGGAGCUGUCCCAAGCCAUGGAUCUACUUACCUGCCAAAGCCAAGCUUUAAAUUACAAGAUGUCUCCCCUGAAACAUUGUCUACCUCUGCCAACUGCCUACCCUGCUUCCUAUGACCUCCAGCACCUACUGAGAGUGAAACUGUUCCCACUACCCUCACAAAAAAGCUAGUUUCUUUUUAAGAGUUUAUAAAUGUACAUUUCCUUUACACCCUGGGAGAUCAUAUAAUAUGAAACACGCACACACACACGCACACACGCACACACACCAGGUAACAAACACUACAGGACCAGUUUGACCAGAAGAUUGGAAGACACACAUGCCUCUUUUCCACCCACACAGAGCUGCUGAGUAUCCAGAUCACUCACAUACUUCAAAAGCCUUAAGAAGAGAUAGAAGAGAUUAUUAUCCAGCAUUAGUAUCUGAAUCUGGAAUCAUUUCUAUUGAAACUAGACUUUCAUCUUAAUUUAAACCUUAAAUUUAAUCUCAGGUAGUCAGGUUUAAACUCAGGUUCAGUUAUUCACUGAAAGUACCAACAGACUCAGACAUUUAGAACAAACUAAGAUCAUCGGUGCUGGAGGAAAUGUCUGCUGUGACUGCAUCACUCUGCUCAACUUUGCUGUUAUUCAGUCUCUGCAUGUUUACCUCUGCAGACCACACAAUCAUCACUGCUGUGCCUGGAGAGGACGUCACUCUGCCAUGUCAAACUCAAAAUAACAUCAUCAGACAUGUACAGUGGUGCAGAGCUGACCUGGAAGAUGAAGAACUUGUCCUUUUAUAUCACCAUGGACGACUUGUUCCAGAUUACCAGCAUCCAUCUUUUGAGAACCGGGUGGAUCUGAAGGACAGACAGAUCACUGAUGGAGACGUGUCUUUGAUUCUGAAGGAUGUGACCACUGCUGAUAGUGGAACAUAUAGGUGUCGUGUCAUCCAGAGAGGCAGACAACAUAUGAAGCUCAUCAGCAUCAUCUACCUCAGAGUUGGUCCUCCAAAAGGCCGUGGUAUAGAUCCUGUUUUCUUCAACACAGUGGACUCUGCAGCAGAGGUACCUGACUCACAACAGGACACUCUUACAGGCACAGAUCACAAAAUCAUCACCGCUGUGUCUGGACAGGACGUCACUCUGACAUGUCGAGCUCAAGCCCACAUCGUCAUAGUUGUAGAGUGGAGCAGAACUGACCUGGAAGAUGAAGAACUUGUCCUUUUAUAUCAGCAUGGACGACUUGUUCCAGAUUACCAGCAUCCAUCUUUUGAGGACCGGGUGGAUCUGAAGGACAGACAGAUAGCUGAUGGAGACGUGUCUUUGAUUCUGAAGAAUGUGAGACAAGAUGAUGCUGGAACAUACGAGUGUCGUGUCAUCAAGAGAGCUGGAAAACCUUUGAAGCUCAUCAGCAUCAUCAACCUGAGAGUUGGUUCUCCAAAAGGCCGUGGUUUAUUCAACACAGUGGAUGGUGCAGCAGAGAUACCUGACUCAAAACAGGACACUCUUCCAGGGCCAGUGAAUAACACCUCUCCUCCAGCUACAGAUCCUUGUCUCUGUGUUGCUCUGUGUACCUAGCCUGGAACACCACAGUCGCUGUCUUCACAGUCUCUGCCCUCCUUUCUUUCACACAAUGUUGUGAUCCUAGUCUUUGCAUGUGAUUGGCCAGAUGAAAAUGAAGAUGACAUCAAGUCAUUGUGAGCUGAGAUUCUAGGUUCAUCCAAUUGUCACAAGAAGUCACCAGCAGGGACGGUACUUGUUGAGAGUCCGAAUGGAAAGAAGGUGUUUCUGACUCUGGAGGUCAGCCAGGAGGAACCAAAUGGCUGGAUCUGUUGGAGGUUUAUGUUGGAAUAAGUGUUCUAGAAGCUUCUUUUGUUCUUAUUGUUGUUAAUACAAUUAUUACAGUUG